AUGCCGUACUUGGAUCGACAGAACCGUAUCUGCGGGUUCCUGGACAUCGAAGAAAAUGAGACCUGCGGCAAGUUUCUGCGGAGGUACUUCAUCCUGGACACGCAGGCCAACUGCCUCCUCUGGUACAUGGACAACCCGCAGAACCUGGCCAUCGGUGCGGGUGCCGUCGGAUCUCUGCAGCUGACCUAUAUCUCCAAGGUCAGCAUCGCCACCCCGAAGCAGAAGCCGAAAACUCCAUUCUGCUUUGUUAUCAAUGCUCUAUCUCAGCGCUAUUUCCUACAAGCCAGCGAUCAGAAGGACCUGCAGGACUGGGUGGAGGCGCUGAACCGGGCCAGUAAGAUCACGGUGCCAAAGGGUGGCAGCAUCCCACCGGCCACAGAGAUUGCGAAGCCCCCGGUGGUGCCCCAGGCCCAGGAGAGGAAGCCCCAGGUGGCCUAUAAGACCGAGAUCAUCGGGGGGGUGGUGGUCCACACGCCCAUCUCCAUCAACCAGAACGGGGGGGACGGAGGGGAGGGCAGCGACGCGGCCGCCCACCCGAAGAGCUGGAAGCGCCGGUACUUCGUUCUGGAUGAAUUUUCCAUCAGUUACUACAAGAGUGAGCAGGACAAGGAGCCCUUGCGUUCCAUUCUCCUGAGGGACGUCUGCAAGACCCACGAGUGCCUCGUCAAGUCUGGUGACCUCCUGAUGCGGGACAACCUCUUCGAAAUCAUAACCAGCUCCAGGACCUUCUACAUCCAGGCAGACAGCCCGGAGGACAUGCACAGCUGGAUCCGAGUGAUCACGGGGGCAGUCCAGGCCCUGAAAACCCGCCCGAGGGAGAUGUCCUUCAUGAGAUCCACCUCCAUGGUCAGGCCCGGGGGCUCGGCGGCCCCCUCCCAGCAGAGGCAGGCGGAGGAGAGGCGAGCGCUGUGCAAAGCCCCCUCCGCCUCCUCCUGGCAGCCCUGGACGCCAGUGCCGCAGGCGGAGGGACGGGCGAAGGCUGAAUGUGCGACUGAACCCGGUGCGGUCCGAGCCACGCCGAGCUCCAGACCCAUCCGCAAUGCAGGUGGUGUUGUGGGGAGGGAUUUCUAUCCCCUCCCCAGGGAUGGGCAGACGUUGUCAGACCUCGAUGGAGCUUCGCAGCGUUGCUUUAAAGCAAACUGGUGUCGCCUCGCCUCUGCGUUUGCCUCCCGGCUCUCCCGCGUGGGGACAGACGUGUCCCCCGGAGCCGUUCCCGUUGGAGAACGCAGUACGUGCUGGGAGUUUCCCCGCUUUCCCAGGGAUGCGUGCCGGGCCAAGGAAUCGCGCGUGGAGAGAGUGGUGCGAGAGAAGGGUUUGCUCUUCUCUGUGAAAACUCCCAAGCGGUUCCAGCCGUUUCUGCGAGCGCUGGCUGUGGGUUUCAAGUGCUCUUAG